CUGCCGAUAGCUACUUCCGGUAGGAACCUCAGCGGGAUGAUCUAGGGUUAAGAAGCACGUAAAGACGUCCCGGGCCGGUGGAGAAGGCAGACUGUUUGUGUGGUCUCGCCUGGAAUCCGAAUCAGAGCUUGGACCAGACCGCUCCCUGAGGAUGCUGAAGCAACACCUUUGGAUUGAGUAUCUUCCAGAGGGAAUCAAGAAGAGGAUUAAUUAAUACAUUCAAUUGUAAAAUAAGCCAUGGCCCAGGAGUUGGUGAUGUUCAGAGAUGUGGCUAUAGAUGUCUCUCAGGAGGAAUGGGAAUGCCUGAACCCAGCACAGAGGAAUUUGUACAAGGAUGUGAUGCUGGAGAAUUAUAGCAACUUGGUGUCACUUGGACUUUCUGUUUCUAAGCCAGCCAUAAUCUCCUCAUUGGAGCAAGGAAAGGAGCCCUGGAUGCUUGUGAGGGAAGAGUCAGGAAGAUGGUGCCCAGACUUGGCAUCCAGAGAUGAGCCACAGAAAUUAUCUCCAAAAAGAGAUAUUUGUGAAACAGAAUUAUCCCAGUGGGUUAACAUGGAAGAAUUUGAAAGCUGUAAUCUUGAGAGAUCCAUUUUUAGAGAUAUCUGGGAAGGCAACUGUCAUUUUGAGCAACAUCAGGGACAAAAGGAGGGCUAUUUUAGACAAUUUUUGAUUAACCAUGAGAACAUGCCCAUUUUUAGCCAACAUACUUUACUCACUCAAGAAUUUUAUGAUAGAGAGAAAAUCUCUGAAUGUAAAAAGUGUAGAAAAAACUUCAGUUACCAUUUACUUUUUAGUCACCACAAAACUCAUUCUGAAGAACUUUCUGAAUGUAAAGAAUGCACAGAAAUUGUUAAUACACCAUACCUUUUUAAACAACAGAUAAUUAAAAAUGGUGACAAAUGCAAUGAGUGUAAAGAAUGUUGGAAGGCCUUUGUUCAUUGCUCACAACUUAAACAACAUCUAAGAAUUCAUAAUGGUGAAAAACGCUAUGAAUGCAACGAAUGUGGGAAGGCCUUUAAUUAUGGCUCAGAACUUACUCUACAUCAAAGAAUUCACACUGGUGAGAAACCUUAUGAAUGUAAAGAAUGUGGGAAAGCCUUUAGACAGCGAUCACAGCUUACUCAACAUCAGAGACUUCAUACUGGUGAAAAACCCUAUGAAUGUAAGCAAUGUGGUAAAGCUUUUAUUCGUGGCUUUCAACUUACUGAACAUCUGCGACUCCAUACUGGUGAGAAACCUUAUGAAUGUAAAGAAUGUGGGAAGACUUUUAGGCAUCGCUCACAUCUUACUAUACAUCAGAGAAUUCACACUGGUGAGAAACCCUAUGAAUGUCGGGAAUGUGGGAAGGCCUUUAGCUACCACUCAAGCUUCUCUCACCAUCAGAAAAUUCAUUCUGGCAAGAAGCCUUAUGAAUGUCAUGAAUGUGGGAAGGCUUUUUGUGAUGGCUUACAACUAACCCUACAUCAGAGAAUUCAUACUGGUGAGAAACCCUACGAGUGUAAGGAAUGUGGGAAGACUUUUAGACAGUGUUCACACCUCAAAAGACAUCAGAGAAUUCAUACCGGUGAGAAACCUCAUGAAUGUGUGAUAUGUGGCAAGGCCUUUAGACUUCAUUCACACCUUAUUCAACAUCAAAGAAUUCAUACUGGUGAGAAACCCUAUGAAUGUAAGGAAUGUGGGAAAGCCUUUAGCUAUCAUUCAAGCUUCUCACACCAUCAGAGAAUUCAUUCUGGGAAGAAACCGUAUCAAUGUGGGAAGGCGUUUAAUCAUGGAUUACAACUUAACUUACAUCAGACCCUUCAUACUGGUGAGAAGCCAGUCACAUUUCCUCUCCUCCCUCCCCAUCCUAGUCUAGCAUCAUGAAAUUUGUUGAUGGAAAUAUACAUUGUCUUUGUUUUAUUUAAGGAAAAAGUUGAUAAGCUACCAUGUUUCAUUAGUAUUGAUUUAUUUAACUAAUCCUUGAAAACCAAAUGUUUUUAAGUGAGAAAAUGGAAAAGUAAUUAAGGUAUAAAUUUUGCUCUCAUUUUAAUGCUGUUUUUGAGUUACUGUAUUAACUAUUAUUGAGAAUAAAUCUUCUAAAAUUACGUUUCACUAAAAACAGUGAAAUAUAGCAUAAAUAAAAUGAAAACAAUUUC